CGCACACAGCUGGAAGUCUUCAGAUUUAUGCUGUUUUAUGGGGUAAAAUAACUCAUAAAUAACGAUAAUAUAAAGAAGAAAGUAUUCCUAACCUUUCUCCACAGUUUCGCUUUCCUAUGAUGUUCUGAGGACGUUUUACACAGCUGAACUUUAGGUAGGGAUUCCUGGGGAGACUGAGGCAGGAUGGGAGUUCACGACCUGUGGAAGCUCCUGGAGCCGACGGGACGUCCCGUGAGGAUGGACACGUUAGAGGGGAAGGUUCUCGCAGUCGAUGUGAGUAUCUGGUUGAACCAGGCAGUGAUGGGCAGCUGGAACCCUCGCGGUGGGAACAAGAACCCGCACCUCAAGGUUCUCUUCAACCGCAUCUGUAAACUGCUCUUCUACCGGAUCAAACCGGUCUUUGUCUUCGAUGGGCGCAUGCCAGAACUCAAGAGGAAGACUCUUGCUGCUCGGAGGAAGAGGAAGGAAGCAGCAGAGAAGGAGACCAGGAAGGUGGCGAACAAAGUCCUACAGAACUACCUGAAGGUGCAGGCACUCAGGGCCGUGCGGGGAGAGACGGGCGCGGGAACGGCUGGCCCUGUACCCACCCCACAGCUCAACAAGCCUGGAGACUCGGACUUGUUUGAGCUACCUCCGCUACCUGAACAACAGGGAACCAGUGCGGAAAGUACAGAGGCAGACAUUGACUUGUGGGAGGAACGACAGGCAAGACAAGAGAUUGUUCAGACGGAGUUCCAAGACAUCACAAAGGUUGAUGUGGAGUCUGAGGACUUCAAGGCUCUUCCUCCAGACAUCCAGCAUGAGAUCAUCAUGGACCUACAGGAGAUGAGGAAGAGACACUUGUUCACUCUCGCCAAGCAUGUUCCUGAGGAGGCUGACAGUUUUUCAAAUAUGCAGCUGUCCAACCUGCUGUCCAGGAGCAAGCUGUCCCAGCGGCUGGGCGAGGUGCGCAAAGACAUGAACAUGCAGGCCUCGGGUGCAGUUAGCCAGUACCUCAGCCAGGGGGCGUCGGUGGAGUCCCGGAGGGUGGUGUCAGAAGAUACGGCUCACUAUGUAUUGGUGAAGGGUGUGGGGAAGCAAGAAAGAGAGGAGAGAGUAAGAAGAGAAAAGGAAGAAAAAGAACAAAACAAAAGAAAGGAGAAAGAAGAAAUAGAGGCAAGAGAAUUAAAAGAGAGGAAAGAAAGAGAAGACAAAGAAAUGAAUGAAGUAAUCAAGGAGAGAAAAAGAAGGAAGGAAGAAGAGGAAAGAGUGGAGGGAGAAAUGAAGGAAAAAAGGGAAGAAGGAGAAAGCUCAAAAGAGAAGAGCCAAGGGAGUAAAGGUCAUAAGCUUAUAAACUAUCCUCCAUUCCCCAAACAUUUUCUAGAACAUUUACGGAGACAGAGAGAUUCUGAUGUUAUGAUCAUAGACGACAGUAAAGGAAUUCCGUAUCAUAGCCAUCUCUGCGAGUAUCACCGACGAAUGAGGGAGCCAGACCUGGUUGUUUUAGAAGAGCGGCAAGUUGAAACAAACGCUGAUUCUACUCACAGCGAUGACGUGAUGUUUGUAGAGGAGAAGCUGGCACCGGAUUCGUGGAGAAAUGAACGCAGGGUCGUGAACGUGGAUUUGACGGGUGCGCCCGUAGACUUGACCUCAGAUUCUGACGAAGACGUCACGCCAGGAAGAGUGGACCAUGUUGCAGAAGACGUACCAAAUUCCAUGAAAGACAAGAAGACUCAGGAAGUAGCAGGAACACACUCUUUCCAAGGGAGCUAUGAGGCUGAUGUAAAUGAAACUGCAAAAAAAGACGGGAGAAUAAUCAGUGAUCCGAAUGUAUCAUCUACUAUAGACAGUACCACAAGUAGAGAAAACUCUUCACCAAAUGCCUCUGCUUCUAGAAAAAGGACAUCUCAAGAAGCGAACCUGGAAGAAGCCGUAACAAAAAGGCAAAAACUUGCGACAGACUCAACGCUUGAGGAAUCCAAUGAAGAUGUCAUUGACAAGCAGACUAGAGUCGUUAGAGGAGAAUCAGAGGCAUUGCAGGAAGAAAAAGGAGCUUCACCUUUGCAAGAUGACUCUCCUGAUGAUGACAAGAAAAUUUGUUCUGUAGAACAGAAAAGUCAGACAGUGAAAGAAGGAAAUCAUGAUGAACAAGUGAAACGAAACAUAAACGGAACAGUUGAAUCUCCUAGCAGGAGUAGAGAUUCUUCAAACAAGCUCAAUAACUCAGGGAAACAAGACUCAACUGAACAAACUGUACAAGAAAAUGACAAUGGAUUAGCACAGAAAAAGGACAUACCAGUUAUAACAUUACCAGAGCCAGGACAGGAUAUAAGGCCAACUAGGCCGGAACUGCAGCCUCCUGUGGCCACCAUCAACAUUGCAGACUCUGAUGAAGAGGAAGAGUUUGUAGAGGUGACUGUGGACCCCAGGAAGCCUGGGGUUGAGGACGAGCUAUUCCCUGCUAGUGUGUUCCAGAUGACUGAGUCACAGAAGGCAAGGACUAGUAGAGAUGACAGCAACAAUGUUCCCUCUUUGAAGGCAAACUUUGAUCUUCUCAUGUCUGAACAGGGUCUGAGAUCGGUAGACCGUGUGGACAAGAAGGAUAGACUCCCAGACCCUGGGCUUUUUGCGGAGAGUCUGAGCAGCAGUCGAUCAGGGAGUCAAGCCAACAGUCAAACCUCUACCCCUAGCACUAGCAGACCUCACUCACCUACCCAGGAACAGCCCCCUGCAUGGGAAGGGUUGACCCCAGGUAACCUGUCAGAAGUGGAGCAGGACCUUCAGACUGAGAGGAGAACCUUACAGGCCCAGCAGGCUCGGCAGGAGAAACUAGCAGCCUCCAUCACUGAGCAGAUGUAUGUGGAGAGUCAGGAGUUACUGCGGCUGUUUGGCAUCCCGUACGUCCAGAGCCCGACAGAAGCGGAGGCGCAGUGCGCUUUCCUCGACCAAUCAAAACAGACGGAGGGCACCAUAACUGACGACAGCGAUGUGUGGUUGUUCGGGGGGCGACAAGUUUACAAAAACUUCUUCAGCCAGCAACGAGACAUGGAAGUUUUCAAGUACAAGGAUGUUGUUUCACAGUUAGCAAUGGACCGGUCCAGGCUGAUUAACUUUGCCCUGCUUACUGGAAGUGACUACACAGAGGGUAUCCAGGGGGUGGGCAAGGUGCUGGCCAUGGAGGUUCUACAGGAGUUCCCAGGGGAGGGCAUCGCUGCCUUACAGGCUUUCAGGGCAUGGUGGGAUGAAGCACAGAAACAAGAGAAGAUCCCACAGGAAACUCCCAUCAAGGCGAAGCUGCGUAAACUGGAGCUGUCCCCGGGGUUUCCUAACAUCACCGUGGUGGAGGCAUACCUGUCACCGACCGUGGAUGAGUCCAAGGAACCGUUUGCGUGGGGGGCGCCAGACCUGCAGUCCCUCCGACAGUUCGCCAUGCAGAGGUUUGGAUGGACCACCAACAAGACUGAUGAAGUGCUCCUUCCUGUUAUGAAGGGACUCAAGAAGAUCGAUGAUGAGACUCAGAGCAAGAUCACGUCUUUCUUUCCCAUGGAAGUGGAAGAGAAGAGGAAAAUCAAGAGCAAGCGUAUCCGGAGGGUCGUGAACAACUUCCAUCGGAAGGAGGGGGAAGAAGACGCAGAAGAGGAAUCAAAAUCUAACACAGGAAGCCCAGUGGCUGCUGGGAAGGGUGCGUGGGGAAAGGGUAAAGGGCGGGGCAAGGGUAAGGGUAAGGGUAAGGGUAAGGGUAAAGCCAAAGCAGCUAAGACUGUUGUAGUACAAAAUGCAAAUCUUUCAGAGGGGUCUUCAUCUGAGGAUGACUGGGACACUGCUGGGGGGUUUGUAUCAGAGGUCAUGCCAAAAGGUCAAGGGUCACAGAAGAGGUCAUCUGAGGAGAUGACCAAUGGAGAGAAAGGUCAGGAAGAUGAUGAGGAGAGUGAGGGCGAUGAUGAUUGUGUUAGUGAGCCACAGCAAAGGGAAACUGUCAAUAGUAAUAUGAAGAGAGGUGGGAAAAAAAAGGCCAAGAGAAGAGUGUAGUUUGGGAUGUGAAGUGUUCUUAGUACUGUUUGGUUUCAACAAG